CAGCUUCAAUUUUGACUCUCCUCCAAAACAGAGAGACAAAGUAAGCCAAGCGUCAUUGUUCUAGUCCACUACCACGUUUAAGCUCGACGCAUAGAGAAGAAGAAGAAGAAGAAGAAGAAGAAGAAGAAGAAGAAGGAUCCUUCAAGGCUCUCCUUCGUCUUCUUCAACUACUAGAAAACGAACUUCAUUUUCGAUUCAAUUGCAUUGCGUUAGCGAAAUUCUGGUGUUUCGAUUUGAUCAGAUCUUCGAUUUCAAAAUCGAAGAAUUUUGAUCGGUUGGAGAUGGUUUUGGAGGAGAAAGAUGCAUCUGAUUGGAUUUAUAGAGGAGAAGGUGGUGCUAAUCUCGUUCUUGCUUACGCUGGAUCUUCUCCGCUUUUUGUGGGGAAAGUGAUUCGUAUACAGAAGGCUCGGAGGAAUGAUAAAGCACAUAUGACUGCGAAUGGCGUUGUUUCGGUUUUAACAAGCGAUGAGCAACUUCUGUGGAGGGAAAACAAGGAGCUUAUUUCAUCACCGAACAAGGAAGUUCUUGAACAGAGAUAUGUUAAGCAUGUGAUUAUUCCACUCUUGGGUCCUAAACAUGUUGAUGCAGGAGUACGUGUUUCUGUGUCCAAGGAAUUUCUUGAGUGUGUUGAUAAGAAAGUUACUAAGCAGCGUCCGCUAUGGCGUGUUAAUGCAGCACAUGUUGAUACCAGUCAUGAUUCUGCCCUUAUUUUGAAUGAUCAUUCACUUUUCUCUCAUGGUAUUUUUAGCAUUGGUGAUUGCAUUAGUGUUGAAAUAAAGUAGCCCAAAUGCGGAUUUCUUCCAACCUCAAGG